CAUCGAAUUUCACGGAACUGUAGUUAUCUAAUUAGCUGAGUUCUAGCAUUCCUGCUGAAGAUCCAUAUAUGGCUUCCUUCCUUUAGUUAAUGCUAAGGACGAGGAGGUUCAUAAGUUUCAAAGCUUUGUAAUAGUCAUCAACUAUUUGCCUUUAUUCAAAUCCUGCAUAGAGAAACACUUUCCAAGUCUUCUGCACCAUUUGAUUUGUAGACUCUAAGAAUAAACGGUCUGUAAAACAUCAUAGAAAAAAUGAAUCAGUGCUUGUUCUUUAGCUGCUAGAAUAGAAUCAUGGCUUCCUAGCUUUUGAAGGGUGGUCAAAUACAGCAUUGUAUUACUAGUAAUUCUUACUAUCACACUCUUGUAGAAAAACAGAUUCAACAAUGGUUCAUUCAGCAGCUGGUGAAUCUGAAACCAAGGAGCUAGACCUGGCUAUCCUUUCUUCUUCGCGCAGGUGGUCUGAUAACUUGCCCUCAUCUUACAAGGUUGGUCUCCCACCUAGACAAAGACUGGUGAGUGAAUUCCUUGAUAAGCUGAAGGAAACUUUAUUUACGGAUGAUCCAUUGCGCCCAUACAAGAACCAAAAACGGUCAAGACAAUUUAUUAUAGGACUUCAGUCCUUGUUCCCAAUUCUUAAGUGGGGGAGUGAGUACAAUCUCAUUAAGUUGAAAGGAGAUGUUAUUGCCGGAUUAACAAUUGCAAGUCUAUGCAUCCCUCAGGAUAUUGGGUAUGCUAAGCUUGCAAACUUGGAUCCCCAAUAUGGGCUAUAUUCCAGCUUUGUGUCACCAAUGGUUUAUGCUGUUCUGGGGAGUUCAAGAGAUAUUGCCAUUGGCCCAGUGGCUGUUGUGUCUCUCUUGCUCGGCAGCCUUCUUCAGAAAGAAUUCGAUUACACGAAGAACAGGGCAGAGUAUUAUAGGCUGGCAUUUACUGCCACCUUCUUUGCUGGAGUCACUGAGGCAGCACUGGGAUGCUUGAGAUUGGGAUUUCUAAUAGACUUCUUAUCUCAUGCUGCUAUUAUUGGAUUCAUGGGUGGGGCAGCCAUUACAAUUGGCCUUCAACAGCUGAAAGGAUUUCUCGGUAUUAAAAACUUCACAAAGAAGACAGAUAUAAUUUCUGUGAUGAAGUCUGUUUGGGGUUCAGUUCAUCAUGGUUGGAACUGGCAAACUAUACUUAUUGGGAUAGCCUUCUUGAUAUUCCUUCUUCUUGCUAAAUAUAUAGGGAAGAAGAAGAGGAGUCUCUUUUGGGUGCCAGCAAUCGCACCAUUAAUCUCUAUAAUUCUUUCCACUUUUUUUGUAUACAUCACCCAUGCCAACAAACAUGGGGUUCAAAUUGUGAAUCAUAUUAAAAAAGGCAUCAAUCCUUCAUCAGCACAUCAAAUUUACUUCAGCGGUUCAAAUCUUGUAAAAGGAGUAAAGAUUGGUGUUGUUUCCGGGAUGAUAGCAUUGACUGAAGCUGUGGCAAUAGGCCGAACAUUUGCGGCCAUGAAGGAUUAUCGAUUGGAUGGAAACAAAGAAAUGGUGGCCCUUGGAACCAUGAACAUUAUUGGGUCCUUCACUUCUUGCUACAUAUCUACAGGUUCUUUCUCAAGAUCAGCAGUGAAUUACAUGGCUGGAUGUCAAACAGCAGCUUCCAAUAUUGUUAUGUCCAUAGCAGUAGGGUUGACAUUGGCAGUCCUCACUCCCCUCUUCAAAUACACACCAAAUGCAAUCCUUUCAUCAAUCAUCAUCAAUGCUGUGAUUGGCCUCAUUGAUUAUAAUGCAGCUAUACUUAUCUGGAAGGUUGAUAAGAUGGACUUCAUUGCCUGCAUGGGAGCUUUUUUUGGUGUGAUCUUUGUUAGUGUUGAGAUUGGUCUCUUAAUUGCGGUUUCAAUAUCAUUUAUUAAAAUCCUUCUUCAAGUGACUAGACCAAGAAUUGUUUUACUUGGUAAUCUCUCAAGAACUUCCAUUUACAGGAACAUUCAACAAUACCCUGAGGCAACUACAGUUCCUGGAUUUGUAAUUGUUAGAGUUGAUUGUGCUGUCUACUUCUCAAAUUCUAACUACGUCAAGGAGAGGAUCCUCAGGUGGCUAACAGAUGAGGAAGAUAAAGUAAGAGAUAACGGCCUACCACAAAUCAAAUUCUUGAUUGUUGAAAUGUCUCCGGUCACUGACAUUGACACCACUGGGAUCCAUGCCCUUGAGGAGCUGCACAAGAGCUUGAAAAAGAAAGAUAUAGAGCUUAUUAUUGCAAAUCCCGGGCCUGGGGUGAUGGAGAAGCUCCAAUCUUCCAAGUUUACCGAGUUGAUAGGCCACAACAAGAUCUUUUUGACAGUUGGGGAAGCUAUAACAAAUUGCUCCAAAGAGGUCGGUGAAGAAGCUUGAAGAAGAGAAAGCAAAACAUAGA